GGGGAAUGGAGCUGACACAGAAACUCUCUCAGUCUGUGUGUCUCCUCCAGCCCCUCCCUCCCUCACACUGGCCGAAACCAGCUCUGCAGGAGGCAGUAACACAGCUGAGGUAAACAGGAAGCCGCCAUGACACCUGCUGGCCCCGCCCCGCCGCGCUCACCUGCAGGAAUGGGGCGUGGCCGCCGCCGUGGGGUACCUGUGGUGACGUCACGCUGGGCGUGGCCGGAGGGAAGGUAGCUGGCUCGCUCAGUACGUGCUGGGGUUAGAAGGCUGAGGGAGCGCUGAGACGGAGCACGAGACACUAAGCGCGCGGCAGGACAAGCAGCAGCAGCCAGCCAGCCAGCCAAUCCGCGAGCCGUAUCCCAGUGACGUAUCCCAGUGACGUGCAGUCCCCGCGGUUCCGCCGUGGUUGUCAUGGCAGCCGGGUUCCGCGCCGUGUUGUUGUUGUUGUGGGGGUCGCUGGCUGCGGCGGCCCAGGCUGACUGCGGGGGGUUCAGCGUGCUGGCCGGGCUCGGGCUGGCGGACACGGACACUCUCGGGGUGAAGGUGCUGGAUUCCCCGGCGGUGGACCUGGACGAGGAAUGUCUGGAGAAAUGCUGCUCCAACCCGGACUGUGACCUGGCCCUGCUCCGCGGCCCCCACAGCGACUGCCGCCUCGUCAGCUGCACCUUCAACGGCUUCAACAUGUGUGACCUGCGGGAGCUGGAGGGAGCCAGGAGCUACCUGAGACCCGGUGUGGGAGGCAAGCCCGGACAGAGAGGUAACUAGCCACAUAGACAGCGAGCUAGCCACCCAGGGAGGGAGCUAGCCACUUAUACAGGGAGCUAGCCACCCAGGGAGGGAGCCAGGAGCUACCUGAGACCCGGUGUGGGAGCCAAGCCCGGACAGAGAGGUAACUAGCCACCCAGGGAGGUAACUAGCCACAUAGACAGCGAGCUAGCCACCCAGGGAGGGAACUAGCCACUUAUACAGGGAGCUAGCCACCCAGGGAGGGAGCCAGGAGCUACCUGAGACCCGGUGUGGGAGCCAAGCCCGGACAGAGAGGUAACUAGCCACCCAGGGAGGUAACUAGCCACAUAGACAGGAGCUAGCCACCCAGAGGAGCUAGCCACUAGACAGGGAGCUAGCCACCAGGGAGAGUAACUAGCCACACUAGCCACCCAGGGAGGGAGCUAGCCACCCGAGCUAGCCACCCAGGGAGGGAGCUAGCCACCCAGGGAGGGAGCCAGGAGCUACCUGAGAGGAGCCAAGCCCGGACAGAGAGGUAACUAGCCACUUAUACAGGGAGCUAGCCACCCAGGGAGGGAGCUAGCCACCCAGGGAGGGAGCUAGCCACCCAGGGAGGGAGCUAGCCACCCAGGGAGGGAGCUAGCCACCCAGGGAGGGAGCUAGCCACCCAGGGAGGUAACUAGCCACUUAUACAGGGAGCUAGCCACCCAGGGAGGGAGCCAGGAGCUACCUGAGACCCGGUGUGGGAGCCAAGCCCGGACAGGGAGGUAACUAGCCACCCAGGGAGGGAGCUAGCCACAUAGACAGCGAGCUAGCCACCCAGGGAGGGAACUAGCCACAUAGACAGCGAGCUAGCCACCCAGGGAGGGAGCUAGCCACCCAGGGAGGGAGCUAGCCACCCAGGGAGGGAGCUAGCCACAUAGAGAGAGAGCCAGGAGCUACCUGAGACCUGGUGUGGGAGCCAAGCCCGCCCAGAGAGGUAACUAGCCACAUAGACAGCGAGCUAGCCACAUAGACAGGGAGCUAGCCACCCAGGGAGGGAGCCAGGAGCUACCUGAGACCCGGUGUGGGAGCCAAGCCCGGACAGAGAGGUAACUAGCCACCCAGGGAGGGAGCUAGCCACCCAGGGAGGUAACUAGCCACAUAGACAGCGAGCUAGCCACCCAGGGAGGGAGCUAGCCACCCAGGGAGGGAGCUAGCCACAUAGACAGCGAGCUAGCCACCCAGGGAGGGAGCUAGCCACAUAGAGAGAGAGCCAGGAGCUACCUGAGACCUGGUGUGGGAGCCAAGCCCGCCCAGAGAGGUAACUAGCCACAUAGACAGCGAGCUAGCCACCCAGGGAGGGAACUAGCCACAUAGACAGGGAGCUAGCCACCCAGGGAGGGAGCCAGGAGCUACCUGAGACCCGGUGUGGGAGCCAAGCCCGCCCAGACAGGGAGCCAAGCCCGCCCAGACAGGGAGCUAGCCACCCACCUGAGACCCAGUGUGGGAGCCUAGCCCGGACAGAGAGGUAACUAGCCACCUAUACAGGGAACUAGCUCAGCCAGAGAGGGGAAACUAGCCAUUCAGGGAGAUUAUGAACACCCUAUACAGGGAACUGAUGCCCCCGACAGAUUACUAGCCACCAUGUAACCAGGCAGGUAACUUACCAGUAACUAUCCAUCCAGAUAAGUAUCUAGCCACCUAAACUAAUCACUUGAGCAACUAACUCCCUGCCCAGAGAAUACAUUAGCUACAAGUUACUAGCGACCCAAACAUGCCUGUAAGGAUCACUGGAGAGGCUAACUACCUAAUCAAAAAGGCUAGCUAGUACCCUGCCAAAUGUACCAAGACCAUCAACUAAUCUGUAACAUUUCUUAACUAGUACAGUCUUGCAAGGUGUGGCUGUGGGAAUGGAUAGCAGUACUUUUUUGUCCAAUCUGUUGUUGUAAAACCAUAAAUUCAGGGUGUGCACAUAUGUCUUCAUUGAACGUGACUCCGAACAAAAUAGUAUUGUGUGCCAGUAUUUACUUCUCUAUAUGUUUUCAUUUAAAAAAAAAAAACAAUUCUCCUUUUUGGCACUUUGUGGGUUCUAUGUAAAUCACAACUGUGACCCAACAGCUUCAAAAUUCUGUCCUUCUGUGUUUGCUGUGCAUCCCUUCACAUGGCGCUAUCUAUUUUGCUCUUUUUGUUUCUCUAUAUUAUUAUCCCUUUGGUGAUCUGUGAUGUCAGCCAUUCUACAGCUGUGAGAAAAUGAGCCUAAACUGGUUCGACUGGUUUUAUUGUGAUCAGAGGAGCCAUCUUCCUCCCAAGUGACAUUCUCGGGUUUCUCUCUCACCAGUUGAACUGCACUUUUAUUUUUAUCAGGAAAUCAUGUUGCUGCUUUCUUUUACAAAACCAGGUUGGGUUAUUUUGUGACUGUUAAGGAGAUGAUUUGGUUUAAUGAAAUAAAGUUCAUGGGUUAAAAACCACUUUGGGCACUGUAACUAUUUAAUUGAAGUGGUUAUAGUGUGUACAGUGUUCAGAGGUAAAUUGUGUUUUUUAAUGUUAAACAAGAGGCCUCCGCAGCCAAUUCUCUCUGCGCUAGUGGGCUAAUAAGGAGGCAUUAGGCUAAAUGGCAAUGGGUGGCUGUGAUUGGCUGAGAGUGAAACGUGACUGCUUUCAGCCUAUUAAAGCAGCCAUUGCUGGUAUGAAUUGUUAUGGCUGGAAGGAAGUGUGCAAUCACUCAAUGGGAGAGACCGUGCUGGGGGACACCAGGUGCCAACAGAUUCAGCAAUGCUGUGCGCUUGGUACACGUAAAAAUACAUUUGACGCAAUUCCUGUGACUUUACAAUCUAGAUCAGGGGUUAUCAAGUACCACCUAACAGUCCAGGAUUUAGGGAUUACACUGUUGUGCCUAAGGUGUUUUUAGAAAUAAAAAAACUUUAGAUACAACAGGGUAAUCCCUAAAUCCUGGAUUGUUAGGGUGUUCUUGGGGACUGGGUUGGGAACCCCUGAUCUAGAUGAAUUGGACGAGUGAGAAACUGGACUGCAAAGAUGAGAAUAUUGUUGGUGAGUUGAGGGCAUUUAUUGGGUAAGAGGAAUGUGUUUGAGUGAUUGGAUUCUCUGAACAAGACAGUCUUUAGGGAGCGCAUAAUGGAAGGCAGACAGUGUGGGGACGUGGUUUCCAGAGGAUUGGUGCAGCAUGGGAGAAGUCUUGUAGUCUAGCAUGGGAAUAACCAAUUCAAUGAGAGAAAAUGCUUAUAGCCUCCAGUGUCCCUUUAAUCCUAUAGAGGAGGGGACUAUAGCAGGAUGUUUUUCUCCACCUUAUUGUACUUCCGUGGAUAAAGUAAAUGUCUCCCUGGUGCUCCUGUAGUAAUAACCAGAAAUCGCAUGGCAGCCCUACCUAUGUCAAGAGUAGUGGCAAUAAAUCUGCAGGAUGGUCUACCCAGACAAUAUCAGCUGGCAUAGGGGUGAACAUAGUGUGGCAGCUAUAUAGCUUAGACCCAGCCAAGCCUUUACUUUCUCUCCCUAUAAAUCUCAUCCCUUAUAGGUGUGAGUGACAUGAAUAUGGUGCAUACAAGAAGGCACCAUAUUUAGGGGUAAUGCAUUGAGACCCAUGUGAUCUAGAAUAUCUACAGCCAUAAUCAAUUCUAUUUUAUUUAUUUUUUUUAAACCAUUCAUUCUUAUACAGAUCACUUUGCAAAGAUGGCAAUUAAUCAUAGGUUAGAUUACAGAGAUCAGUUCUUUUGCCUGGCUUAAUCAGGGGUUAGUGUGGCACUGCUAGUGUGAGCAAUGUAGCUUCUGCUUUAUGAUUUGUGAAUAUAUAUUACAUAUUGUACGAUGUGGAUAAUGUUUAGGGGUUUGUGAUGAGUCCUGCCAUGUCCCUUCCUAGGAUUCCGCAUUAAUGCAUCUGUGUUUAAAUCCUUUUGUUUCCAUUAAUAAAAUGGAAGGGAAGAAACCCCACAAUGCACCAUAGCGAUACUAUUCGGUAAAACCUGAAUGCCAGCAAAUUAAAUUCGAUGGCAAAAUAAAUGUUAGGUGAUUUGUUACAGCUUGAACAUUUUGGCCUCCGUUUUGCCGUUCAGGUUCAAUUUGCUAAAUCUAGUUAUGUAGUGAUUAAUCCAGCAAAUGUCUCCCGCUAUAAAGGGGCUGGCAUACAUUUCCCAGAUACCCCAUGCAGGCGCAGUCACAGCCUCUGCACUCUCAUUCCACACGAUGGUAGCUGCUAACUGUUAAUUCACCGUUUAAUGUGGCCUUGCCAUUGGCUUCCAUUACAAUCUAGUGAGCAUGCUUGCUUUUUUAGGCCAGGGCUAUGCAAAUCAUAUCCCUGGAAUAAAAAUGGAGAAUCUGUUUUUAUGUUUGCUAUCAGCCUCUGUAUAGAAAGUUGCAAAAAGGUGUGUGUGUGUGUGUGUGUGUGUUUGUGUGUGGUGGUUGUUGUUAAGGUAUAUUUAUAUAUAAUUUUGUUUGUGUGUAUGUAUAUAUGCGCACCCUUAUGGUUUUUGUAGAUUAAAUCUAGCUUUAUUUAGAGGUAGACCGAAUAUUAAACAAUAUGUCAACGUUUCCGUUCCCCUCUGGGAGAGAAUAUAAAGGUGGUAAAUUCACCUUGGUUUGUCUCUUUUAAUAGAUUGUGACAAGGCAGCAGAUGGCCCCGUGUGAGAAGGCUGAUUCUGGGGUAUAAGAUUGUAAUCUGGUGUGUUCUAAAGCUUUGUAUUUGUAUAUUGGUAAAUUGUCGUCAUUUCAGUGUUAAUGGUGUGCCCUUCCCUUGUAUGCUGGUCUCCUGCUGGGACACGAUCCUAAACCACCUUUAAACUGACAGUUGUCUUUAAAGCUUUAUUUAUUUAUUGAUUUCUUAUGCAUUCCAGAGUAUUGUGACACUGUUUUUAUUUUAUCUGUAAUCCACAAAGAUACUGGGGAUAUUUUGCAAGAUGUCUAAUAAGCCUUUUUAGACACUGUAUAUUAUUUGCGGUGCACUUUACAAACAGUCCUUUUGUAAUGUGCUCUGCGCAAUAAAUGUCAGACAUUCCCUAGUCACUGCUAAGCAGUUUCACAAUGUCUUUGCUUCUGGCAGUUGGUUUUGGCCAGAGUCUGUCAGGGAUCAUUGUGUUUAGUCAUCAUAGGUUUAUAUAUUAUUAUUGGAAAGAGCGCUGCUUUCUUGUGGAUGGUUUGAUAUAUGGUCAAUGCAGCCUUUAUCUUCAUUAAUUGUCAACAAUGUAUGUAUUAAUAUUGAUCUACAUCCAUGUCUGUUAUUAACCCCUAGCCAUAGUGAUUUGACCAGGAAAUUGCAAAAAGAAUGUCUAAAAUGGCUGACUUGGCAGUAUCCUAUACAGCUAGGCAGUUUUACUGGAUACAUUCCAUUGUGAUGUUGGUGGACAUUGUCUCCCCUUUGGGGGAGGGGGCAAUAACCCCUUAGUGCCGUACAUACAGUCCUUUCUUUCCGUGUUUACUUGGAUGGUGCUUGUCUUGGCAAGGCUUACUGUGUAUGCUGGGAUAUCUGGCAGCCAUUUUACUUUUGUGGUCUUUCUCGUUUUUAAUUGGCAUGCUUUGAUAAUGAGGGCUGGUACUGGCUUGAAGGUCAGGCCUUUAUAGUGGUGUCUAGGUGUCACCUCCUUAUAAGAAUCCUUGGGAAUCUUUAUCACAUGAACUUUAUCAUAGGAUUUUCAGCUUGUUUUGUGAUUGCUACUGUUAGAAGUCGAAGAAAGUAGAUUGGCAGCGCUCAAUGUCUAUUAAAAUAGCAGUGAUACCAUCUGUCGUGGUGCGUAGCAGCGUCGGUAAAUAAAGUGUGGGUCUCUGUCUCUGUCUGUUUAUUACUGUAAGUAUUACUUUACUGAGAGGGUAGUGGAUGCAUGGAAUAGCCUUCCAGCUGAAGUGGUAGAGAUUAACACAGUAAAGGAGUUUAAGCAUGCGUGGGAUAGGAAUAAGGCUAUCCUAACUAUAAGAUAAGGCCAGGGACUAAUGAAAGUAUUUAGAAAAUUGGGCAGACUAGAUGGGCCGAAUGGUUCUUAUCUGCCGUCACAUUCUAUGUUUCUAUGUGUUCCACUGUUGUGACGGUGUUUAUAGUACAGCUUUCGUAGAGUUAUUUCUUUUAUACAGUAUUUGCAAAAGCACUCAUGACUUCUGCAUCCACUUGAUUCUUUACACUGGCCACAUUUCCUGUCUGCCAUUAAAGGGACACUGUUGGGCACUAACAAUUUCAUCUCGUUAAAUUUGUAAUCGUGCCUGGUGUAUCCUGUCACUGUCUCUCCGUUCAGUGUUAAGUCAUUUUUGAGCUGUUUAACAUGGAGUUGGGGUCCCUGGCCACCAACAACCUGUCCCCCACUUAUAGGUGUGGCUAAAGCAAGAGAUUAAACUCUUCCUUCUAGCCAUACCAAUUCAUACCAGCAAUGUGAUAGGCUGAAUGCGGUCCACUAACACUCUCACAGCCAUCCAUUGCUGUUAGGCUAAUGCUUCCUCAUUAAUCCAAGCAGCACAGAGUGAAUGGAUUGCUGGAGACUCUAGUUCAGGGAUAGGUAACCUUCGGCACUCAGGAUGUUGCAGACUACAACCCCCAUAAUGCUGGCAAAGCAUUGUGGGAGGUGUAGUCCAAAACAUCUGGAGUGCCAAAGGUUGCCUAUGCCUGCUCUAAAACAAUGGUUUAACAGUGAAUGGAAGGAUGGUACCUGGGGACUCCAGACACUGUAACCAAUGAGAUGAAGCAGCUGUAGUAUCUUUUUUUUUUUUUUUUUUUUAAAGGGCCAGUCUGUGGCAAUGUUUAAUAGGUUCAUGGAUUUAAUUUAACGUACUAAUUCUUAUGUGUAAUCGUUGCAUUACCCCAUCAGACUUUCUGUACAUUCCACACUCUCCUACUAAAUCAGUAAGGCCUCCAGUCCAUCCGCUUUGAACCUCACUGUGCUCAUCUCAUCCCAUCCUGUGUAACAUUCCAGCUGUGAUCUGCCUAUGAUAGAGGGCACAGGCUCAAAUUAACGGCCACUUUUGGUCCUGUUUGCUCCACAUUAUGAAUUUAGUUAGUUUGUAGAUCAGUCUUCCAAAUGUCACCUUCUGUAAAUUGGUUUUGUUGUCCCCACUAGAUAUCCAUCAUAGAAUAUAUAUAUCUAUAUCUCUAUAUAUCCCCUUAAGGACCAAGCUUCUGGAAUAAAAUGGAAUCAUGACAUGUCAUGUGUCCUUAAGGGGUUAAACAUCUACUUGGGUCUUAUAAUGGGUUACAUGGCCCUAGAGCAAGCACUGGAAUGGGUUUUGCAAUCACUACACAUGCAGAUUGUCGUGAUUUAUUUAUUCACCAAUUGUGUGGCCCGGCAGAGAAUGUUGCAGCUUUCUAAAGAAAUUAAAAUAAUACUUCUAAUCCUAAUAAAGGAAUAACUUUCUAUGUUUUCUUUACUAGACUUCUGCCUGUCACAAGCGGAAACUGGCCGCUGCCGAGCAUUUUUCCUGAGAUGGUGGUACGAUGUGGACAGCCAGACAUGCAAAAACUUCACUUAUGGCGGCUGCCAAGGAAAUCUGAACAAUCACUUGGAUGAGCAGCAAUGCAUGGAUAAAUGCAGCGGAGUGACUGGUAUGUUGGUAUGGUGGGUGGAAUCUGUAAUGAUAGGUUGUGACUAUACUUGGAUUGGCAGCUUCCCUGCUGAAUCCUUCCAGGCAGUUAAUUAAACCCCCAUGGGUUUUGGCCACUCUAUAUUUAUGAAUGGUUCCUUUUUAGCUAGCUCUGGUUCAGUCACUUACUAACUGGCAUGAUUGCCAUAUCUUCUUAAACACGGAACAUUGUAAUAGUCCGACUUCUCCCAAACAAUCUGGUCAAGGUGGUUAUUUUUAUUUGGUGUAUUUAGAAAAUUACUAAGCUUGAGAUUCACAGAUAAUGGAAUUAUAUGGUAAUUAUCCUAACACUCCUGCCACGUCUUCCAUUAUCUUUCCACGUACUUGCUUCUCACUUUCUCUAUUCUCUUGUUUCACCCCUACAUGGUCACGCUCGUGGUAUAACCUAAUUCCAUGGUAUUUUUGUGUAAACCUCUAGGAAGUGAUUGGCUGUGUAAUGCAUGCUUGCUGGUUUUAUCUCCCCCACUCUUCUGCCUGUGAAAGGGCAAUUACCCUGCAGCUGGGCAGAGGGCACCCCGCUUUUCACCGCUAUUUUUUUUUUGUUUGAGUUUUAUUUUGCAGAAACUAAUGUCCAAGACUCCUUGAUUUCACAGUAAAACCUGUUAAAUAUUUUGUUUUUAGCUGUGAACCCAUCCACUGAUGUCCUACCUACUAGCAAACGCAUGGUCGAAGCACAGUCCCAGAAUGGUAUGUAUUUAUAAAAGGUGUGUGUUUGGUGCAACCAUUGAUAUGUUGAUGCAAAUUCGUGUAGUGACGUAACUUGUUAUAGGGCAAGGUCGGUUGAAGUGUGCUGGAACAGACCUAUGCGGUUGGCCAAUAAAUAAAUAAAUAAAGUGGGCCCCCUCAAGUAGAGUAUCGUGAAUAAAGGGUGUGGAGGAAGGGGGCAUGUAGAUCGCAAGACCAAUGACAGUGAGGUAGGCCAGGGGGGGUCCUUUAUACAUGUCAAUAUGCCCCCACCACAACUCCAGGCAAAGCUUUAAAAUAUCGAUCAUCCUAUAAAAUUGUUCUUAAAAAAAUCAAUGUGCGCACACACAACAAUGUAGAAUAAAUAUCCUUUUUUUAUUACUAUUUAGCAGGGCUUAAACACUACUAGCCUGGACUUGAGUUUCCGGCCACUGCGAACGUGGAAUGUCCAUGUGGCUAGUUGAAAUUCUGAGCAUUGCCAUACAAUAAACAUUUUAACAAUGCGUGAUGGUAGUACAUUGCUUCCUAAACCAGGAAUCUCCCUGCGGUAGAUAACACUGGGCUCGGAAUUGUGGCGAUCAUUGGCUGCAUGGAUCUCGUGAUAUGCAGGCUCUGCAGAGAGAGCUUUUAAAGAAUGCUUGAUGCAAGCUGCUGAAAACAACCCAUUUUGCAUGGUUUUCUAAUCCAUCGCAGAGCAAAGAUACUUACCUGGUCUGCAAAAACACCCUUAAAGCAUUUCUUUUAUUGCUUUAUGAUCACAUUCUUGGUCUGUUCACCUGGUCUGGCCAUAAACAUUGCACUUUUUACAUAAGGCAUGGUAUAACCGUAAUAUUACAAAAACUGGAGAUUAUUUACUGAAUCCAGAAUUGACCAGGGAAAAUGGACACCAAAAUUGCCAGCUUGAAGAAAUUCCCCAACUCUAUUUUUCCAGCUCGGCUAUUUUGCUAAAAAUAACGUCCCUCUGUAUAUGUUAACCUGCAAUCGUGGUAAAAAUCCGUCUCGUUCCAUCUUUUACAAGGAUGGAUAGUAAAAUGAUGCCAUGAGCGUUUGGUACGUCUCCUUUUUUCCAAUGUGUAAAUUUCAUCCAGCGUUUUUAAGGCCCUUCCUGGAGUAUACAUUAAUAUAGCACAGCUAUCUAUCAGGUUUUAUCGAACCUGUAUCCCAUUUAGUCAUUCUUCUAGAAUGUAGUAAAAUGUUCAAAUGAUGAGCUUUACUUUAGAAAGGUUACAGUGACUAGCUUUCCCUCUUUAAUACAGAUUAUAUAAAUGUCUGCAUCAUUUUAUAUUUCUUCUUAUUCCACCCAUUAGAUGCAAUGCCAGAACCUGAAAAAGUGAAGGCUCCGGAAUCUAGAACUUUUGAGGGUGCGUAUUCCAAAACUUGACUUGUUUGCCAAAUCCAGGUUGAUCUUAUCAGGGUUUGUCCUCACUGUAGUUUGUUUUUUGCUUUUUGUACUAAGUUACUAAGUUUGUAACUCUGAUUUUAAUUCAGGCCUUUCUCGGUGUAGCUUAUCCUGAACCAAUUGAAGUUCAGUAACUGUUUUUUUACUAUGUUCAUGUGUGUAAAUUACAGCUUUUUUUUUUUUUAAACACAGCAGCAAUAUGUGUUUGGAUAUGGAUAAUGUCUUCUAUUCUCCAUUUCAGAAUUUUGUGCUGCUCCCAAGUACACCGGUCCUUGUCGGGCUUACUUUCAGCGUUGGUACUAUAAUGCAGAAACUGGGGCUUGCAACAAAUUCACAUAUGGGGGAUGUCAAGGAAAUAAGAACAACUACAUGUCCGAGGCAGAGUGCGCCAAAACAUGCAUUGGUAAGGUUUUCUUGUCUCCCAAAUAGCGUGCAGUGCCCAUUUUCCAAAAAAUAUACAGAAUAUCCCUAUGUGCCGGAGUACCCUCCAUCCAAUAGCAGAAAUUAUAUGCAGCAAUAAAAUAAAGCUGUGUUUUUUUGGGGGGGUAUGGGGGAUCUUUGAAAAUACUCACUGACAUGAUAAAGUGCAUUCUACAAGUGAAGUGUCGUGUGUUAUUAUAUUCGCCCACUUUCCUUCCUGCUGACCUGUGUAAUAUUUAUAUUGCAGAUGAGCUGGAGAAUAUUCCCAUCCAUCACCGCUCUGCAACCAGUAAGUGUUACACGCGCUUCUAUACCGAGUCUUCACUAUUCUCUGCCUGCUAGAUCCCGGCAAACAGAACUCUUGAUAUCUGAUGUGCAGUCACAUGACGCUGAAUUAGUGUCCUUUUGAAAGUGGUUUACCUGGGGUGCACAGCACAUUAAUCAGGGGGUUGCUGUAAGGGCUAUUUAUCCCCAAUCUCCAAAUAAAUGCUUAUAAUGGGGCUGGGUGUUAACUCUCAGGCACUGCAUCACUGGUCACCAUGUCAUAUGGAUGACCUUGGAUUAGGUAAUCAUUUUAGUUCCUAUCCAUAGAUACCAUGCAGACGGCAUUCAGUGUACAUGAGGGAAUUUCACUUCAUAUCUGUCCGUGGGGAAGGAAUGUCCAUAAAUGGUAGCACACAUAGAGGGGGGCAUUAUUCUCAGUUUCUCAGAUUGGCAAAUACUUAAGCCAGGAAAAUUCUAAUAGCCAUAUUUUGUUGUUUGGGUUGUUUUUAAAUGUAUUUUAUUUGAGCAGUAUAAACAUUUUUUAUAUAUUUUUUUUUAUUUCAAGCUAUUUUGGAGUCUUUGCAUGUUUUCCACAACUUUUUGCCAACCAGCGUUAAGGGGUAUGAAAAUGAAAACUCAAUAAUACAUAGUAUUAAAUCAUUGAAUGGAAUUUCAACUCUGCUAGGUUAGAUUUACACAAGGUUGAGAGUAGGAUAUAACCUUUCUUUUGAGAUUACCGUGAUUAAAACUUGCAUGAAACAAGCACUUCAGGAUUGGAAUAAAAUCUGAUUUUACAGAUAGAAUCCACCACAACAGUUGGCCCUUGCUGUAUUUGUCUUUGGAAAGACUUGCAGAAAACAAAUUUUAUUGUAGAUAUAUUUCCGUGGUGGUAUCUAGUGGCUUUCUUUGUGCAUAGCCUACUUGAGCAGCUGAUGUGCUGGGCUUUCCAGCCAGGUGAUCUAGCAGGGGUGCCCAAAAGCCAGAUACCCAGAUGUUUUAAAACUACAGCUUGCAUGGUGCUUUGUCAUUCUGAAGCCAUGCAAAGCAUCAUGGGAGUUGUAGUAAAACAAUAUCUGGCAAUCUACCAUUUGGACACCCCUGCUGUAGUUUUCUUACGAUCAGUAUUAACCUCCAUUCUCUCCCCACAGCCUUGGCAUUGCCCAUCCUGCUUGCAGUCAUGGCUGGCAUCCUGCUCUGUGCCAUGGUCCUAUUCUUUGUGAAGAUGGCAAAGAACAGUCAACGAGCUUCCGACUUCAGAGCCAUGUGGAACCCUAUUGAUGAUAAGGAGCUUCUAAUGAACAACGCCUACACUUUGUAACAUGGCCGAGCAACGAGAGCCGUUCACACUCCAUGAGAUAUAGCCUUUUACUCCAAUAAUAAACUAUGGCCAGUGAAAUAUCAUUCCUGUAAAGGGAGUGCAUCUUUAAUUAGUCUUUUAAUAUGUUUGUCUCCACUACAAGCUAGUCUUGUGUGUUUUUUUUUUUUUUUUUCUUGGAUUUAUUUUUGUUUUUCUUUCUUUUCUGAGAUAUGACUUCUAUCUUUGGGAAGGGAGUAGAUUCAGGGUUAUUCUGUAAACUUUCACACUAGUUUGAAUGGAUGAAUUUAUUUUUAUAGAACAUAACUCCAGAUAGACUGCAUGUCUAUUUAAAAGGCUGCAAGGUUCCUUCAGAUUUCUCCAACUUUGCCUGUGGCUGUGAUUUUAUUCUAAAUGGUAAGGUAUUUUGUUUUUUAGGAGAUGAUUCAAUAUGCAAUUGUACUAAACUGUUUGUGUGAUAUGUGACUGUUUUUUCAUUAAAAUGUCUUCUAGAAUCAUGGUAGUUUGCAAGCCUCUUGCCCAUGUGUGAGGUCACUUGGCAUAGAGGGUGCCUUUAAAAUAACGAUACUUUGAAUUCCUCUAGCACUCCAUAAAAUGUUCACAGUUCUAGAUUAGAGGCAAAUCAAAAUACAAUUUAUAAAAUUCAGGACGCGUAUUGCAGGCCACUCGUUUAAAAUGUUAGGGUGGGUAUUUGUGUAGUGGUCUCAUGGCAUGCAUUCUGCUUUUUACAUUCUUGGCAAAGCCAAGGUUUUACACCAGUUUAGUUGAUUGUCUUGGUACGUUUGGCAGCAUACUAGCUAGCCUGUCUGCAUGGGUAGUUUUACUGCAGCUUAAUGCAUUCUUUUGAUGCAAAGAGACUGUCCCUCCACUGUAAUCACCAAGUUGUCUGUCAAAAUGCAGUGUUUACAUUGCGCUGUAAGGAAACCUCUAGCGACUGUUACUGUGCAAACCAUUGGAGGCGCUGCUUCCUGCUGUGAUCCAAUAAUCUUUGCAGGAUAGAUGUUUAGCGUCUUCACUGUUGGCAUGAAGGCACCAAAUUCUUAUCAUAAAGAUGCAUUGACCUAAUGUCUGUAUGUGGAGAUGGGAUUGUCACAGCGAUUGCUGCGCAUGCACGGUAGCCUCUUGUUCUUCACGGAGUAGCAUUAGACUGGCAGAGCUAAUUAUCCCUGAUCUCUGCCAGUGUGACUCUUAAAAAGCUUGGUUCUUAACAUUAAAAGGCACACUCUGUUCUUUUUAACAUUAGCUCCUUUAAGACUAAUUUUUAAAUUAAUUUGCUUGUCAAUGCUAGACAACUCAGUUUUACAGAUAACCCUGUCUGAGUCAGGGUGGAAAUCAGCGGAGGCUCAAUGAAUUUAUUUUAAAACGUUCCUCUGCAGCCAUUAGCAUCUGUUACUAUAAUGAAUGAUUUCUGGUCAAUGUGUAGGAGGUGGAAGUCAAGGAUCUCAGCCAUAAACUCCCUAAACCUUUUUAUUGAUUUCUUCUUAAACUCUGUCCUCUGUCGUGGGAACAUAGCUGCAUCAGCAUGUAUAGUGGAUCUGCCAGAUUCCAGAUUAUAUAUUGCAAGCAGUGGGCCUCCAUGGUGACCAUGACUCUAUUAAAUAGAGUAAGAUGCGUGCUGUACAAGCUGUCUAAUAAGAGUAGGCUGUUACUGCCAGAACAGUGUCUGUUUAACUGUAAUCAAAACAUGGGGGAAGCAUCAUCAUGUAUACAUUGUACCAAAGAAAACCUUAAUUGGAGCAAUAUGUUUAAUUCUGGAAUUAAAACAUGUGUUCCUUACCCUAUAGUGUUUAGAAAAGGUGAAAACUUGCCUUAUUUCCAGUGCAGCGUGGGUCUGCUGAUGCUGGCUCCACCUCCUUGGUGACAUCAGUAUUGCAGAUUUUUAGCCAAUUCAAUGCUUUCCUUACGAGAAAGCAUUGGGUUGGCUGAAAUCGGCAAGGAAGCAGGAUGGGGCCAGGGCCAAACGCCGUUUUAGCCAAUCUGCACCUCCUCAUAAAAUCAAUGCAUCUUUGAGGAAAAGUCAACGUCUCAAUGCAGAAUGUGGAGACGCUGAACGGCACUGCUGCCUAUUGUGCAGCACUGACUUGGGAAGCACCUCUAGUGGCUGUCUGAGUAGUGGCCACUUGGAGGUGUCCCUAGGGGGCAAUGUAAAAAAACAAGUGUUUGCAUGAAAAUGCCUGAAGGCAAUGAUUAUACUCAUCAGAGCAAAUACGUUAAGCUGUAGUUGUUCUGGUGACUAGUGUCCCUUUAAACUUUAUUCAUGUGUCUCCAUAAACCAUCUGUAGUUUAUAUUUAACUGCAGAUUUGUAAGCCUAAAAUGGCUGUCACCUUGUGCGCACUGUGGGAGCCUUCAUAUAGACAGAGCCUUGUUCUCCACAACCUAGUAAUUGCUGUAGCUCCCCCUAAUGUCAAGUGUAAGCAUGCAUAGCAUGCAAUCCCAGCUUUGUCACCUAACCUUUGAUUGGGAUGUCAAUGAAAUUUCAAUGAAACUGGGAGGGGAGUGGGGGCUGCUUUAAAUGUCACCUGUCAUGCCAAAUGUGAUGACCAUUUUAUAAUUCAUUCAUCUUGUGCAUGAAUCCAGAAAAUGUUUGAAAAACGGGCACUUUAAAUCCCAGUUAGGUUUUCGAGAUAGUGUAACUUUUUUUUUAAUGUCUGAAUCACUGUUAAACUCUCACACAUUAUUCUGCCUGAUUUUGUAUUUUAAUCUGAGCUUCAAUAUUUAAUGCCUUGUUCCAUUUUUCCAUAAAAUCUCAUUUUAUUGCUAUUCUAUCGAUUUGAGUGUUGCAGGUGGUGAGGUUUCAAAGUGAGUCUGACAUUGGUAAAUGUUUUAACAUACAUUAAGGUCUUUAUAUAGGAGCUUAGGGAUAAGACUGUGGAAUAUCAAUGAUUGGGUGUUUAAAUCUGGACUGCACGCUGGGUUCAUCUAUUAAACACCAAACCGCAAAAUGGCUAAUCUGGAAAAAGUCACCACCUAUGCCCUAGCUGGGCUCGUCUAACCUCCAACCUCCACUUAUCAAUUUCUUUUCAAUUCACUGCGCUCUGCUUUUUAGAGAAAUACCCUGGUGAGUGUUAUGCAUGUAUUCUUUGUUAAAUAAAAUCUUCUGUCCCCUUGAUGUCCAGUGAUGUUUCAUCUGUAUUUACAAGUAAAUAAUGAAAAUGUCCUCCACAAACAUUAAAUAAAAAGAAUGCCCUCCCUAUCCAAAUCCUCAUCCUGUUUUCAUGCUUGGGAAUUUGGCCUAAAUGAUUUCCCGUCACUGUGCAGUAAACUGUAACAACGUGGCCUGUGCUGUCACUUCCUCCAAACCCUGACACUGUUUCCAUAGUCCUGCUUUUACUUCCAAAGCCAGUUCUUAAGAACUGCCCCUAUAAUGGGAAGGGGGGUGGGGGAGGUAAACCUGGCAGAGUGAGGGUAUGAAUGUUAUGCCAUGGCACGGAUCUUAGUCUGCCCCCAAGACAGACUGCAAUGCAUUGAAUUAACAGACGGACAGUGUCAUGGGAGUUAUAGUUCAGCAAUGUCCUGGCAGGAGUGGAAUUUGAGAUGACUGACACAAAGUAACUUCACAGCACACUAAUAUUGACAAACAACUGGUACACCUGUGGUGGGCAUUAACACAGCUAGUUGAUGGGUACCUCUCAGGCAUCUGUUGACUCCUUAGAACUGACAGACCUCUCAUGGAUUAUGACCUGAAGUCAUUGACAUUCUGGUGGCAGCUAAAAAGGAGUCUACAUCUCUUGUUUAUGCAGCAUUAUAGGCUUUCAGCCCUUAUCUACCCCAACUCCUCAAAUUCUUGUAUUUCUGCAACUGGGCUUUGCAAAGGUUCUUCACCCGGCUAGUCUGAGGUGUCAGAUAAGACUUUGCUUCAGCUCCUCUAAUUACCAGGUCGUUUAGAGCAAUUUCCAGACUUUUGACCACCAUUAGGGUGGUCGUUCUUCCUUGGGAUCUGAACCUGGUUCUUUCAGCAAUUAUAUGGCGCCUUUAGAUCCUAUAGAUUUAGUUUGCCACUUGGUAGACUUAACUGCAAUCAGAAAUAUUGUCUUAACUUGAAUUACAAGCAAUGUCUUCCUUACCUAGUGAUUGAUUUGGAUAAAGUGGUCCUUCGCUUGUAUCCUUUUUUGCCCAAAGGUUUAGUCAAUUGCAAACAUCAAUUAUCCUUAUGACGUUUUGUCGAAAUCCUCAGAAUGCCACUGAACAAAUUAUCAUUGCCUGGAUUUCAAGUGCAGCUUCAGUAAUAUCUAAAGGAAACUAAAGCAUUUAGAAGAUC